AUCUCCUUCAUGCGCAGGCGCAUCUUGCAAACAUUUUUCAAUGGAGGAAUGUCAAUGUAAACUAUCCAAAACAGCAACAAGUUGAAGUCAUAAAAAACAGAUUUAAGCAACGAAGCAAACGCAGUAAUGGAUAGGUCAGGAUAUUCUAAGAAAAAGGUUCCUUCUGAAGAACAAAAAAGAAAUUUACAGAAAGCCGCCAUGCAAGAAGUGUUACCUGGGUACGAGGAUUACCUAGUUUUGUUACAGGAGAGAAACAGACUGCUGAAGAAAAUGAGGAAGAAAAGUAAGAAACAAAUUGAUAACGAAAGAAAAGAACAAGGUUUCUCUAUAUAUGUGAGUGGUGCCAAUGCAGGAAAACAGAAGCAGAGAGUUUCUUCUCAUCAUGAGGAAAGAACUGACUCACCAGAGCCAAUAACAGAGAGACAGAGACUAAAGACUGCUGGGGAUGUGUCUCAGAAAAGAGUUAUUAGUCAUAGAGAUCUAGAAGUAAUAGCUGCAGAGGAGAAAAGAAAGAUGGAGGAGAAAAAGCGUGUAAAAACGGCUCCAGCUCGUGAACGCCGGAGGAACUGGUUAGCAGGAUCAAUCAACAUUAAAACAGAGCGGGGAGAAAAAUGUCGCCUAAAGGCACCAGAGAUAGUGACAGGGAACUAUGAGGAUGAUUUUGAGGACAGUGAGGAAGAGGUGGGUGACAAUAAACACUCAAAGUUUAAUUCAGCUGGUGAAGAUGAUGAUUCUGACAGCGAGAUAGAAAUUGAUGCUUCCAAAUUCACAAAAUCACCAGUAAAAACUUCCCCACCUAAGAAUGUACCCUCCAGGACAGUAAAAUCAGCACCAGCUGCUCAACAGAGAAAACCAAAAGUAGCUAAAAGUAAACCCCCACCACCCAAAUCAGAGUCAGAGUCUGAAGAAGAGAAUGAAAAACUGAUGCUGAGUAUAGCAGAUGUCAAGAAACUUCGACAGAGCCUGGCAAUGAACAGAAGCAUUCGUGAAAGUUUGGCCAAGGAAGUUAGCAGUGAUCUAUCUGAUGAAGAAGAAGUUCCUGAAUGCCUAGAUUAUAGUGGCUCUUCACAGGAUGAGGGGGAGUCGGAGCGGGCCUCCCCGAUCCCUGAGGAGGAUAUUGAGGAGGACCUGGUCCCAGCUAUGGACAGUGUGUGUUUAGAAGACAAACAGAAAUGUAAACCCUCUCCAUUUAAACCCACAGACACAAUUGUGUUAGAGCUAGAGGUCCCUCCCACCAAGAAUAAAGUCCAGAAGAAUUUAUCAGCUGCAAGGAAAAAAGACCUGGAUGAAGAUUUAAGUGAAUACAAAUCAAAAAGGAAAGAGCCUCCAAAACCCACAGCACCUUCUCAAACAAACCAAAAGAAGCCUUCCACCCGUCCCUUGUCAGCAAGUCGUAUCAGCACUAGGACAGUGACAGACUCACAAGAAGAGGCCUCCGCAGUGUUAGAGGCCAUGAGGGCCGAAAAUGAGCAGGCCUCAAAACUCAAGAAAGAGACACCUAGAAAGCUACCACCAACUCCUAAACAGAGGCUCCGUCCUGCCAGUGCUGGUCACAUUCCGUCCUCUCCACUUCCCUCUGCGGAUAUUCCGCCUUCUCCACGCUCCAGAAAUUCUCCACGAACACCCGUCAAGGAAAGCCACCAGUCCACAGACGUAGGAAACAGUGUCAAUGUACAGGACAGCUUCCUAGCCAAUGACAGAAUCUCAGAAGUCAUGAAAAAAGUUCUCCUCAUGCAACCAAAGCAGCAGAAAAGGUUGAUGAAGGUCCUCAGUAAGAUUGACACCUCUGUAGAUGAAGAGGAGGAAAAGUCAAACCGACCUCCAUCAUCUAAACCAGUCAAGGCCACACGUCCAGUUAACGACAUGGUCAACAAAAAUACAAAGAGGUCGGUUGGGAAGUUUUCACCAAAUGAAGACAGUAUAGAAGUGAAUCUUGAAUUGACCUCAAAUUGGGGUCACAAGAAUCUGAUUGGUCUGACAGAAAUCCAGUUCUAUGACAUGGACAGACAACUCCUUCCUGUCCGUAAGGAGGAAGUCACAGUUCACGGAGCCUCGCAACAACAGAACUCCAUUGAUGUCUUGUUCAAUGGAAAAUCCAAGACAAACAAGGAGAGAAAUAUGUGGUGCUGUAAAUUUAGGAAAUCUGUUCCUGUAGAGAUCUGUUUAAGCCUUCAAACAAAGAAACCCCAUACAGAGGUGUCUAGAAUUAAAAUCUGGAACCACAACAAGAGUAUCACGGAUUUGGAUAUUGGUGUGAAACAUGCCCGGAUAUUUGUUGGUGGAGUUCUAGUUUUUGAUGGCAAUAUUGAGAAGGGUUGUGGAAACCAGGUUUUUGAUUAUGGCUAUGUGAUAUCACUGAGAGACAAUGGUGAUAAAAUCUCGCCUCGUGACCCGGGAAACAGCCCUAGCCCUAUCAGUCUUUCUCCCGUGAUCCACACCCGAUCUCCGACCUCCGACAAAGCCUCCUCACAGAGGAGGUCACAAACAACCCCCACCCCCUCCCCCUCAGCAGACAGUGCUCAAAGAAAUCCAUUUGAACAAGCUUUCAUUAGGUCUUCCAAGUCAAGUGUGCAGUCCCCUUCUCCAUCCCCCAGGGUGCCUCCGUUGGAUCUCAGACAAAAUGGACCCUCCCCAUCCUCCGGGGAUCGCCCAGUGAUUCGCAGUGAGACACGUACCAUGAAUCAUGCAGAGAGGGAUAUUCAGCGACCUGUGGUGACCUCUGACAGGUCAGGGUCAGAGGCCGAGGAGGGGCACCAUAAAGGUCGUAGAAACUGGUCCCCACCAACUGGUGAACUGUUUGACGAAGAUCCUCGGCAGUUCUGGGUGGACAUAAAUCCCAAAAAGGAAGAUGCAGAGUCCAAAGUGGCAGGAAAACAAAAGGGUGGAGCAAAAACUCCCCGGAAGUCAAAGCGGAUGGCGGCCAAACUUGAUGGGCAUUCCUCCACAGAAGGGGAGAUCACUGCUAACAACGGGUCCAAGGCUGCCAGUGAAAGCGCUGAUGUAAGAAGUCCUAAAGGAAGCGGAAAGAAGUCAGAUGAGCGGCGGGGAUCCACUCAGGACAAGACGCCGGCGGAGGCUGCCAAACCCUCGCAGACCGAGGACGUCAAAAACAACACGUCAGACGAGUCACUGCUACAGAGUCAGGAUGACAUUCCCAUGUUACAGAAACUCAAACAGAUGAACCAAAACACCAAGUGAGUAGUUCUCUGGUUAGAGGACAGCCAAGCAAACCUUACAAGGCGCCCAGUUUGGUUGGAUAUGAUGUUAGAUGGCCGCAAUAAGAACAUUAUGGACCAGAAAAAGAAAAAGGAUGUUCCAAAAUGGUUAAAACAAGAGGAAUCUGCAGGUCCAUUUGAAAAUCCCCCAAGUCGAGGAGGAAGUCGCCAAGAUGUUCCAGCCCCUCUCCCUCUGAAAGAUCACAUGAUUCAACAGGAGGAUGUAGACAUGUUGAUUGACGAGGAACUGGCUAUGUGGCCAGAAAGUGGGAAGCCUGAUUUGAAGACUGUAUUUGAUAUGGACAAGAAACCACCAUCAUCGUCGUCAUCAUCCAAGACAGGAAAAGAAUCCAACAGCGCCACUCCCAUGAAGAAAAUUCAACAGAACCGAGCCAAGUGGAGGGACAAUCAGAAGAAAAACUUGGAGGAGUCCUGGGGCUCACUAAAUAUGUUUGACAGACACCAGAAAGGGAGGAUUUCAAUGGAUUUAGAUGAUGAUGCUCUAGAUGAAUAUCUACAACUGUCCUCUAAGAAAGCCACACCCAAUCAACCGUCAAUCAAAGAGGAGACAGAAGAGGCGGAGCCAGUGACAACCAAUGAGGAGGACUCUGUAGACAACUUUGUGAUUCCUGAGCUGCCUUAUGGAAAGGACUUAGUCAUUAACAUUAAAACCACAUGGGGUGACAAGCAUUAUGUGGGACUGACUGGAAUAGAGCUGUUCUCUAGCACCGGGGAGUCGGUCAAUGUCUCAAAGAUCACAGCCAAGCCUCUGGAUAUCAAUAUUCUGAAGGAUUAUGAAAAAGACCCUCGAGUUGUGACCAACUUAAUUGACGGGGUGAAUCGUACAAGAGACGAUGUCCACAUGUGGUUAGCUCCCUUCAGUCCUAGUGGAGACCACUUCAUCUACCUCACACUGGAAAAACCUUGCCAGAUAGCUCUUAUGAGAAUAUGGAACUACAAUAAAUCUCGUAUUCACUCAUACCGUGGUGCUAAGGAUGUGGAAAUAAAAUUGGACAACAAUGUGAUAUUUAUAGGAGAGAUCGCCCGAGCUUGUGGAGGGAUAGAGGGCGGGACUGAGGCAUUCGGGGAUACUAUCCUGUUCACAACAGAUGAGAACAUUCUGGAGGCGGUGUCUAAGAACGACGAUGCGUACGAGGGUGACAUGUUAGAUGACACGGAACCAGAUGACGUUCCGUUUGAGCGACCAAGUACAGCUGACGCUGGAAGUGACGAGGACCGACCAUUCACUCGAGCUCAGGGAAAUUUGAAGAAAGAAGACGAAGCCUCAAUCCCGUCCCGCCCAGCCACCAGUAUGGUCACAGAGGGGGAUGUCAUUGUGUUCAAAGGAAAAAGUCUCCAACUGAACUUCACAGAUACCUGGGGUGAUCUCCAUUACUUAGGCCUGACAGGACUGGAAGUUCUAGGAAAAGAUGGAGAAGCUUUUCCCGUCUCUCUGGACAUGUUAAAGGCCACUCCUUGUGAUCUCCAUCACCUGCCAGGUCACGAACGGGACGACAGAACACUGGAUAAAGUAAUCAAUGGUAACAAUGUGACAUGUGCUGAUGAGAACAUGUGGUUGAUUCCGUUCAAUGAAGGCCAGAAUCACACACUGACGGUAAACUUCAGUCAUUCGGUAAUGAUGGCGGGGCUGAGAGUGUGGAACUACAACAAAAGUCCUGAGGACACAUACAGAGGUGCUAAAAUUGUCCAUGUGAAGAUUGACGGUAAACAGGUGUCUCCCCCCGAUGGUUACCUCAUUAGAAAGGGACCAGGGUACUGUUACUUUGACUUUGCUCAGGAAAUCGUGUUUGCUGCCCAGCAAAAACCAGCCAUACCUCCCACAUCAGAAACUAAGAUGGAGUCUUCUGUCAGGAGUUCUGUCACAGAUGAUGGUGAAUAUGAGUCAGUACAGAUGCCCUGUGGUUUUAUUUACCAGUUACAUCUGAUUUCCACCUGGGGAGAUCCUUACUAUGUGGGACUGAAUGGGAUUGAGAUGUAUGACGCCAGUCACAACAAACUAGAGUUGACAGAAACAAAUAUAGCAGCCUAUCCAGACAGCGUGAAUGUCCUCUCCAAUGUACAGAAUGAUGUCAGAACACCAGACAAGCUCAUAGACGGAGUAAACAGUACGACUGACGGCAGACACAUGUGGCUAGCUCCUAUCUUACCAACUACAUUAAAUCGUGUGUAUGUGAUAUUUGACCAACCUACAGCAGUGUCUAUGAUAAAGAUCUGGAACUACAGCAAAAAUCCAAACAGAGGAGCCAAGGAUAUAGCUCUGUUGGUUGACGAUCUACUUGUGUACAAUGGGAUGCUACAGCCAGUGAGGUCGGGGGUUAAAGGCAUCGUCCCUAACUGUGACGCCCCUCAGACCUAUCACACCAUACUCUUCACUGACAACAAAGACAUCAUCAGGAAAGAAAAACAUUCCAUCAUCAGUAACCAAGCAGGGGAACAGGACAUACAGCUGACCAAUGACAAGAUUGUGGUGGGUCAGUAUAAUGACCCAAAGAAGGCCCAGCAGGGAAAACCUGUCAACCAAGAGCUGAGACCAAAGACCAGUGUAGUGGCCCACAAGAACAGGAGAUGAUGAACUGAGAAGCAAGACCUGCCCCUCGUGUGUCGAAUUCUGCAUAAUUAAUUUGCCAACAACUCUCAAGAACCCAUUAAAUUUCUGUUAAUUAAGUGCAGAAAGAUUCCAGUAUAUUUCGUGUAGUAUAGAUUGAAUAUUGAAUAUUAUUACAAUUACCAUUACAAGAAUCAGAUAGACACAUACAAUAUAUGGGAAUCUACUUUGUCCAAUUUGAAUUAAUCGAGUAUAAAUCCUAGUCAACCUCAUCUGGCAACAUCUAUUUAUGAAGCAUAUGGUCAUAUUUACUGAUAAAUAACUAAGAUUACAAUGACUAGUAACUGCUCACAUUCCAUAUAAACUUGUAUAUAUUGUACCGUAUGCUACUGAAGGAUGCAGUUGACAGAUUAGUGCUUUGAAAUAUGUCACGUUAAAAAGAGACCAUGGUGGUAAAGAAUUUACCAAGCAGGUGCAAAAACAAGUCUUGUUUGUUUUUAAAUUAUUUAAAAUGCACCUUUUUGGCAAAAAAUCAUGUGUUCUUACAUCUUUUUAGUUACUUUUUGUAACAGUGGUGCUGAUAACCUCAUUUCUUCAUUGUGUUGAAAGUUCAGUUGUAGACAAUUUAUCAAGUUUUUUUUUUUCACAAUUCCUUUCAUAUAUGUGAAUGAAUUUUGUGCUGUUAUUAUAAUCUGGGAUGAAAUAUUUCCAGAUUUCACAUCGUUUCCAAGACUGUUUCACUUUAUGUUGCAUUCUUUUCUUUGCUAGACCUAUUGUAGACUACCUUAGAAUCUUUUGAAAAAGAAAUGGACUUAACUGAUACUUAUAAAUCUUUUUU